AUGUACACAGUGGGCAUACCCACCCCCUUUCUCCGCCUGUUAUCAGUAGCUGGGGAGCAAUCACACAGAGAGAGGGCCCGCCUAUCGCUGUAAAAGUUCUUCCUCCACUCCGAGUGGUCAAAGUCUGCACGAAACCAACGACUACAGUCAAAACUACACUUGAAGCGAUUUCACUGAAAGAGGAGGAUUAAUAACGUUGACGUUACUCCAGCCCGAUGGCUCCACUGCUGAAAUGCAGCCUUUUUAUUCUGCUGGCGUGCUUCCUAACGCCUGUUCCUGUGGGGGCAGAAGGAAAAGGCUUUCACAGACAGAAAAGAGAAUGGAUCAUAGCUCCCAGACAGCUUUAUGAGAACAACGAUUACACAGGCUUGGCUUACAUUGCUCGAAUCCGCUCUGAUAAGGAGAACUACACCACGAUAUGGUAUUCUCUAUCGGGGCCUGGUGUUGACCAGCCCCCUGUUGGUACCUUUGCUAUUGACCGUAACACGGGCUUCGUGAAAAUCUAUUCCAUUCUGGACCGAGAGGAGAUCCCCUACUAUCAUUUACGAGGCUUUGCAAAAUACACUGAUGGGAGCCUUGCUGAAAAGGAUAUUGACCUUAAUAUUACCGUUUUGGAUAUGAAUGACAACCCACCGAUCAUUAAAGUAAAUCAAGUCGGAUAUGUCAAUGAAUCAAGUGCAGCAGGUACUGUUGUGAUGAAAGUGAUAGCAACUGAUGCUGAUCAAGAGAACACACUCCACUCCAAGAUAUUCUACAGAAUUGUGGGGCAGAGUGGCACAUCUGGGAUGUUCUCCAUCAACUCUCAAACUGGAGAGGUCACUGUUCGACAGAGCACUCUAGAUAGAGAGACAAAGGAUACCUAUACGUUGAAUAUACAAGCAUCAGACAUGGGUGGACAAAUGGGAGGAAAUUCAGGAACCGGAGAAAUUGUGAUCAAAAUUCUGGACAUAAAUGACAAUAUUCCAACCAUGGAAAAAGAAUCGUAUGAAGGGAGUGUGGAGGAGAACACUAUCAAUGUGGAAGUGAUGAGGAUCAAAGCUGUAGACAAGGAUCUGAUUCACACUGACAACUGGCUGGCUGCGUAUGAAAUCGUUUCAGGGAAUGAGGCGGGCUAUUUCACUAUCACUACUGAUAGUCAGACCAAUGAGGGAAUUAUCAUGAUUCACAAGGCCUUAGACUAUGAGGAACUAAAGACGCUUAACUUGGAAGUGGCUCUUUCUAACAAAGCAGCAUACAAUUUUGGCAGUGGAAGCACGACUGGGACAAUAAUCCCAAAAACCUACCCUGUUAAAAUCAAUGUGAUCAAUCAGAAGGAAGGUCCCCGAUUCCAACCAAGUGUCAAAGUGGUGACUAUCUCUGAGGACCAGUCUUCCGUCUUCAUCAACAAAGUUAUCACUACCUACUCUGCUAUUGACAGUGAUACGCUAAAAACAGCCACCAACGUAAGGUAUGCUAAAUUGAAAGAUGACGGCAACUGGUUGAUUAUUGAUGAAAAGACGGCGGAGAUCAAGCUGAAUAAGCUUCCUGACAGAGAGUCCAAGUUGUUGAUCAAUGGAACAUAUUAUGCUGAAAUUAUAUGCAUCUCCAAUGAUAAUCCCUCAAAAACUGCCACAGGGACCAUAGCCAUUCAGGUGGAGGACUUUAAUGAUCACUGUCCAAAACUGACCUCUACAGUCCAGACUAUGUGCCUUGAGGAUAAUGUGAUCUACGUUACAGCCGUAGAUGAAGACAAGUUCCCCAAUUCUGCACCAUUUGAAUUCACUGUGAUUCAGGGGAGCAACAAGGGGGGGUGGACAGUGGAGCAUCUUAAUGAAACCACAGCCAUUCUGCGAGACCAAGCCAACUUGUGGCCAGGCAUGUACAAAGUGGCAGUGGAGGUCAAAGACCAGCAGGGAAAGUCAUGUGCUGAUGUUCAGAUGAUUGACGUAAUUGUGUGUAGUUGCCAUGACGUCACUAAAACAUGUACGCCGCGCACUGAAAAGACUGUGGAUUUUGGAGCUAAAGGUGUCCUGCUUCUGCUCCUGGGACUGCUGCUUCUGCUGUUGUUGCCCCUUCUGCUGCUGUUUUGCCUGUGUGGAGGUGCAGCAGCUAUUGGAGAUUUCAAGGCCAUUCCAUAUGAUACAAAGCAACAGCUCAUCUCAUAUCACACUGAGGGACAGGGAGAAGACAAGGAAGUUCCUCUUCUGCAUGUCCCAGUAGAAGUUGAUGGUGGCACAGUGAAUGCCAAGAACAUCAACACCUAUGAGGGAAAGGGACACCUUGGAGAAAUGACUGAAUUUGGAGCUGCAGCAGGGGGGGACGCAACCUUCAUCAGGGGCCUAAAUACUGUCAACAUGACAGCCGAGGAAAUGCGCCUGUACAACCAAUAUAACCACUCCGGUUGGCAGGGGGGGUUGGACUACGGUGAGGCUGGGAUGAUGACAGGACAAGAAAAUAAUUUCUCCCAAUACAGGGCGGGGGCCUUUGAUGGGAUGGCUCUAUCUGAUCAGUUCCUGGAGGAGUAUUAUUCAAGUAAAGCCAACCAUGCUGCACAGCAAUCCCAGCAAAUGGACGCUCAGCUGGUCUAUGACUAUGAGGGUAAGGAGUCCCUGGCAGGUUCUAUAGGUUGCUGCAGCCUUCUUGAGAAUGAAAAUGACCUUGCGUUCCUCAAUGAUCUCGGACCUAAAUUCAAAACCCUGGCUGAGAUUUGUCAGGGGUCAACCUUGGUAACAGAGUCUGUGGAUGCAAAGGUUUCUUUCUCUCAGCCCAGACCAGCGUCUCCUGUCCGGCCCUCCACCCACACAUAUGUCCAUACUCACACAGAAAAAAUCAGGGACAGGGGCGCGAACAUCAACACCCUCAACACCUCUAAUGUAGUGUCUGAGAGAAUCACUGAGAGAGCCCAGGCUUCAGCCACCAUUCCCACUGUACAUGUCCAAGACACGAGUGGGAUUUCCAGUCAGACGCUGCUCAUACAGCAGCCCGCGGUGUACUACGCCGCCACGCCCAUGUAUGUAGUCGAGUCCAAGCCCCAAAUGGUGCUUGUGUCAGGGGGAACUCAGCAGGCAAUGGGUCAAAUAGGCCAAGUUGGGCUAAGUCAGGGGUUGGUGCAGGUUGGUGGCCUGCAAGGUGGUCAGGGGAUGGUGCAGGUUGGUGGCCUGCAAGGUGGUCAGGGGAUGGUGCAGGUUGGUGGCCUGCAACGAGGUCAGCAGCUAAUGCAGGUUGGUGGCCUGCAAGGUGGUCAGGGGAUGGUGCAGGUUGGUGGCCUCAAGGUUCUCCAUGCGUGGUCUUGUAGACUAGGCAAGUAGGAAGGGUGGAGUACAGCAGGUAACAAGGCCAGUUCAAAGGAACCCCUUCAGGUCUAGCAAGAGUUUAUGGUGAGAGCACGUCCUCAGGGGGAGAGCAAGGUGCGCACUUAGCACAGGGUUUUGUUCAGACAGGACAUAGGUCUGCAGAGCAGGGUUUGGAGGUAAGAGGUCAAGGUUUGAAUGUUGAAACUCAGAAUUCUUCCCUGGCUUCAUCCGGUUCUAUGGGGUCAAAAGAGGACUUUACUCUGACAGCCACACCCAAACUGAAAGGAAGCCAGAGAGUGGUUGUGCAACGUAAGAAGGUCUCUGUAACUGAGAGGAAUAUUGAAUCUAGUACAAGGGCGUAAAGCAGCCCAUUUGUUUAGCAUACCCACUAGUUUUGUUAAAUACUGAAAUAAAUUUCAGUAAACUAAAAUAUACUACAGUAUGUAAAUACAUACAGUAGAUGGUCAUACAGAUAGAUAUUGUGAUAAAUUGGGGUAAACUGGUCUACCACAGUCUACUUUACCAUAAAGGUAAUACUGUUCAUUCUCAUCUAUUGAUAACACUACUGCUCAGUGUAACACAUGGCAUUGACUACAUGACUAUCAUGGCCAUAAAAAAGGAUUGCAUUUCCAUACAAAAUGUAAUUCCCCUCUUUCUCUAGUCCGAAGAAUGCCCAUUUAAGCACCACAUGACUUACAAUAAUUAUAUUUAUUUCAGGUAUUAUACUGCAUGGCUUCAGGUCAGGAACCGCCAAAGUAAAUAUAACAGACCUUAACAGUACAAACAAAAAGGUUACGCGCCUCCAUAGGUUUGAUUAUAGCUAUAUGCUAGUGUCAGCUCGGUGCUCCUAGAAGCUCAUAAGGUUAUUAUAAUGGAUGCAAAAUCAUAGCACCUUACAAUUAAUCAUGUCACUGGUAUGGAUUAAUA